UAUGCUCGCUGGCUCCGCCCAUCAUGUCGUUCUCCCACGGUGCAAGCCACGCCUCAUGUCGGGAGAUGGCUCCUGGCCACAUCAGGGCUCAUCCCCUGGAUCCGCAACACAGCUAUGUCAGUGUACGCACAUCCGCCUCUUCAUACCUCCCUGGACAUUUAAUAACAGUGACUGUCCGAAGCGCUCGAGACUUCAUGGGUUUUCUGCUCCAGGCUCGCAGUGUUGAGGUUACGAAGAGUUCAGCUAGAGGACGUGCUGGAAUUAAGUCUAUGAGACUGGGCCUGCUCCUGGUGGGUGGCUCCUGGAUCCUGACUCCCCCAGGUACCCACACCUUGCAUUGCUUCUCAGAGGAUGACACCGUCACACACUCCAACAAACAGCGAAAGAGAAACCUCUCGUUUAUCUGGAGGGCUCCUGAUGAACCAAUGGGAGACGUACAGUUCCACAUCACUGUGGUACAAUCCUACUUUGUGUAUUGGGCUGGUGUUGCAUCUGCAGUGGUGCGUGAUGGGAGUCAUAGAGCUUGGAGAGGCAGUAACACCACAGUGGUGGAUGAAGCAAGUACAGUUUUUGUGUUUCAGGAAGAAAAAGCAACUUCUCUGCAAGAUCUCAUAGCCCGCAGAGCUUCAAAAAAACAAAGAACCAGGAUUACUAGUCCUGCUACUACCUCGACACAAUGGACAAAAACAAGCAGUAGAACUCAGAUUUCCAAAUUUCUGAAAACAUUUACAGAUGUCAGUCAGCUUGCCUUGACAUCAACCAGCUCUGUUACUUUGUCAAACCAUCCAGUGAGCAAAGGGAACAACUUGACUUUAGGAUCUCGUCAAAGUGAAGUAGAUACAACUCCAGCAUCUCUUUCAAGUGUCACCGAAGAGAUGGGCAUCCACUCAGUUUCUCAUACCAAUGACCCCAAGAGCUCCCUGCCUUGUACAACCUCUAUCGUCCCAGCUGAUGUUAAAAGGAUGGAUGCUUCUACAACACUCCUUCCAAACACCACAGAGCAAAUCUCAAUCAGUCCUCUUUCCCCACCGAACCCCACUCUUCCCUUCUUCCCUCUGAGUGAUGUAGAGACUGAAAGGAAAGAGCCUACAACAAAUUCCUUGGAACCAAAACUGAACACUGAUCCUGAACUUAAAGCUGCAACGUUAACUUUGAAAACCACCACAGCAACAUCGACCAUACACAGCUUUCACAGUACAAACACCCCAAUAGCCACAAAGCAAAGACGUCCAACUAAGUUAGAGACCCAGACUAGACCAGAAGAAAUCAAUGGACCUACCCCAUCUGAGUCCCUAAUAAGUACAAUACAAGCAAAGAAAGGUACACACAUCCAAAUGUCUUCAUCAAAACCUGUCCUCAAGUCCCAUUCUAAUUAUAGUGAAGGCGCUAUUUUCUCCCAAUCUUCCCCUAAGCCCCAAACAUCACCAGCAAUGCCAGUUCUACCACCAAACACUCCAACUCUUUCCAAGUCCUUCCCCACUUUAUUCCUUACUCAGGCCAAACUUCAGUCUAUUAACAAAUCUUCUGGACCCAAAAGUACCACAAAACAAACCAAUUUGUCUCAAACAGCCACAUCUCUAAACAGUAUCGCUCAGUCUCAAUCUCUUAGCAGCUUUCACCGAAGUGUAACAGAAACUACCCAAGCUCAAGAUGAGGCUUUAACUCAAUCCUCUGUAACUCCUCGGCUUGUCAACGCUCAUUUCUUCACAUCAAGGUUUGAUCCAGUGUUCACUCUGGGAAAAGAUCUCAAGUCUCAAUCAAGUAUCAAAACUGCAAGUGCUGACUUUGGUAUUGUUCCCUCAGCCUCUCCUUCACCUUCUUUUUCAACUUUUCCUGGUUUUGAAUCAUCAUCUCCCUCCACUGAUUCUUACCCCACCGCUUCUAUGAUUCACCCCAGUGUUGAACCUCCUUUACAUCCAUUUGCAGCAUCAACCCUGGUGCAUCCAUCUGUCAGGUCAACAUUACUCACCCAUUCCUCUUCCCCCUCUUUAAAAAGCCAACUCAAAACAGCCCCAGCUCUUUCUGCUGUCCCUUCUCCUUCCCCAAUCCCCACACCUCAUCAGUUAUCCUCUGCCCAACCUUCCUCUGCUUCUCAUCUGCCAUUCUUUUUCACUUCUACUGCCAUUCCUUCCUCCAACACCUCAAGCUAUCCAUCACCAGCUUCUUUGUUUUCUUCAGCCUCAGUAUCUACUUUACCUCCCUUUAACUCUUCUCAGUGUAUAACAAAUGCUACCUCUUCAUCUGCUACUUCCUUCAAUAUGGUCCCAGCUAUCACCUCAUCCUCACUGGCAACUUCUACUUCAGCUCCAUCUUUUUUUUCACCAACCUCAACAUCUUCCUUCUUCAAGGAAGGUUCCUCAUCUUCUUUUACCUCCUCUGAUUUAAGACCUUCUCCAGUCCCCCACCAUUCUCUACACACCUCCCCGACAUCCUCUUUACCCUCUGUACUCUCCCAUAAAAUAACUGUAGGUCACCCAAAUUUCAACCCACCAAAACAAAGAACAGUUGUUCAUCCAAACCCCAAACCUCAUCCGAACCUCAGGCUAAAUCAUGGCCCAGACUUUAAACCGAAAAUCCUGAGCGUUAAACCCUCAAAACCUGCUGAAACACCAAACAAGGAAGGGAAGUAUCCAGAAAUUAUCCCCAGACACAGUUCCUGGGAGUUGGGCAUGCUGUUGGGCUGCUCAGCUGGCCUGGGCAUGGUGCUGGUCAUCGGGGUGAGGUACGUGUACCGGCAGGCCUGUGGCAGGCGGACUGAGGUGACGCUAAAUGACCGAGAGAGGGAAUAUGAAAGAGGGGACAGAGCGUUGAUCCAAGUCCAAGAGUGUGGAGACUUGGUCAGAGUGCGGAAAAUCCGAGAGAACAGUUUUGUGCUUCUGACAGAGUACGAUGUGGUGGCAUCACCUGGGUCCUAAAACCGAGAUUUCCAACCAUUCAGCACAAAGUUUCAACCAAGGCUGCAGUGGGAAAAAGAAUGGGUUCUGCUGUCCUUCCAGUGGUCAUCAUUGACAUGUGACUUAUGUUUAAUAUUUAUUUGCUGAAACUGUUACCAGUUACCUUGUUUUUACCAACUUCUCCAAAUCUGCCUGGUAACACCCGAUCCAUGAAAAACUUAACUUCAGUAAAGACUUCAGGAAAUCUGAAGUCUUUAAUAUUAUUGAUUAAAUGAAGAACUUUGUAGCUGAGUUGAUUUAUACCUUGAUUUUCUUUCCAUAGUUAUCCAGUGUUUUCUCUUCAUUAGUGUUUAAUAAAUGCUAUUUUAUGUCUCAACCAUGUCUAUUAAUAUAAUAUAAUCAAAACAGUGGGAUUAUUUCUUGUGUGUCUGUUAUAUGUUUAUUUGUACGUUGUCUGUAGAAAACUGGAUCCCAUAUUUUAAACCUUAAGUAGCUUCCUUUGGAAGACCCUUUCACUAUAUUUCACAUAUAUAUAUAUAUAUAUAUAUAUAUAUAUAUAUAUACACAUAUCAGUUUCAUAUACAUUUCACUGUAUUUUACUGUUUGAAUAAAAUAAACUAAAUAGUAACACUGAGUAAUGUUUUUAGCAUAAAGUGAUGCAUUAGGUCUCAGAAAUGUAUCAAAAAUGAUUCAUCAGGUGUCAAAAGGUUCAUAUAUUGUUUUUACACUUAUGACACAGUUCUGAUAAUCUGCUUUAAAACAUUUGCCAAUAAAAAAAUAUAAAUAUGAAAUAACAUGUAAAAUGCAACAAGCCAUAUAAAACAUAGUCGUGUAUUAUUUAAUA